AUGCUGCUGAUGAUAGCGCUACCCACCUCCGAGCUUCUUUUCGUAGUUGGAGGCUUUUUAAGGGUCGUUGUGGUGGCCUUUGGGAUAGGCGCCAAUGACGCUGCAAAUUCCCUUGGAACUAGUGUCGGUUCCAGGGACACUCUUCUGCGCUGCUUGUAUUUUGGCCACUAUCUGUGCGCUCGUCGGAUCCGUUCUUCUCGGCGCACGUGUCUCCAAUACAGUCAGCAAAGGGAAGUCUCGCUACGCUACAUUGGUGGCAACGGAAAGCGAGCUCGAUCCUAA